AGCCUGCAUUUUUUUUUAACGCAUCUAGAGAACGACAUUUAUGAAACACGCUCACUGGUUUCUUUCCUGAACAUAUCUAUUCAAUUGUUUGUGGAUCGUGUGGGAUUAUUUCUACACGUGGAAGCGAAGGAGCGAGGACGGGAGCUUGUGUGCCGACCCCCGCUGCUGCUCCAGAUAGUCUCUCCCGGCGCUCUCCAGCAGCCGUAUUGUGCGUCAUUUCAUCGCUGCUGCGUUGUGUUUUUCUACCGAGGCAACAUGGCAACUCCCGCUGCGGUCAACCCGUCGGAGAUGGGCAGUGAGUUGCCAGGGUCCGUUGCGAUGCCCGGGGCAGUGGGCGCGGGCCAGGUGAGGAUGAGCGGGGCCGUGCCAGGCCGCGGCGGCAAGCGGAGAUCAGGAGGAAUGGACUUUGACGAAGAGGAUGGAGAGGGCCCUAGCAAAUUUUCAAGGUAUGAUGAUGAGCAGGUUCCUGGUGGUGGUGAUAAGGAGAGAUAUGCCAGCUGCCGGAGCAAAUCCUAUCAAACAGAGAACCACAGUGAGAUCGAACGGCGCCGGCGCAACAAGAUGACCCAGUACAUCACGGAGCUGUCGGACAUGGUGCCCACCUGCAGUGCCCUGGCCCGCAAGCCCGACAAGCUCACCAUCCUGCGCAUGGCCGUGUCCCACAUGAAGUCCAUGAGGGGCACGGGCAACACCUCCACCGACGGCGCCUACAAGCCCUCCUUCCUCACCGAGCAGGAGCUGAAGCACCUGAUCUUGGAGGCGGCGGACGGCUUCCUGUUCGUGGUUGCCGCGGAGACGGGCCGCGUGAUCUACGUGUCGGACUCUGUGACGCCGGUGCUGAACCACCCGCAGGCGGAGUGGUUCGGCAGCACCCUGUACGAGCAGGUGCACCCCGAUGACGUGGACAAGCUCCGGGAGCAGCUUAGCACCUCCGAGAACUCCAUGACAGGAAGGAUCCUGGACCUGAAGACAGGCACGGUGAAGAAGGAGGGGCAGCAGUCGUCCAUGAGGAUGUGCAUGGGUUCCCGGCGCUCCUUCAUCUGCCGCAUGAGGUGCGGCAGCGCUCCCCUGGAUCACAUCUCCCUGAACCGGCUGUCCAACAUGAGGAAGAGAUACAGAAACGGCCUCGGACCCUCAAAGGAAGGAGAGGCUCAGUACUCGGUGGUGCAUUGCACAGGCUACAUCAAAGCAUGGCCCCCUGCAGGGAUGACCAUACCAGACGAGGACACCGAAGCGGGACAGACUGGUAAAUACUGUCUGGUGGCCAUCGGCAGACUGCAGGUGACCAGCUCUCCUGUUUCCAUGGAUAUGAACGGCCUAUCGGUGCCCACCGAGUUCCUGUCCCGUCACAACUCUGACGGCGUCAUCACCUUCGUCGACCCGCGCUGCAUCAACGUCAUCGGUUACCAGCCGCAGGACCUGCUGGGCAAAGACAUCCUGGAGUUCUGUCAUCCAGAAGACCAGAGUCACCUGAGGGAAAGCUUCCAGCAGGUGGUGAAGUUGAAGGGCCAGGUUCUGUCGGUGAUGUACCGGUUCCGCAUGAAGAACCGGGAGUGGAUGUUGAUCCGGACCAGCAGCUUCACCUUCCAGAACCCGUACUCGGACGAGAUCGAGUACAUCAUCUGCACCAACACCAACGUCAAGCAGCUCCAGCAGCAGCAGCAGGCAGAGCUGGAGGUCCACCAGCGAGAUGGACUGACUGCUUACGAUCUCUCUCAGGUGCCCGUCACCAGCGUCGGAGGUGGAGUCCACGAGGCGGGGAAGAGCAUCGAGAAGACGGAGGCGCUGUUCUCCCAGGAGAGAGACCCGCGCUUCUCCGAGAUGUACACCGGCAUCUCUGGCGCUGGAGAUAAGAAGAUGAUGGCUCCAGCCUCCACAGCUGGAGGACAGCAGCUGUACUCUCAGACCUCCCCCUUCCAGCAGGGACACUCUGGGAAGAGCUUCAGUUCCUCUGUGAUCCACGUGCCAGGCGUGAAUGACAUCCAGCCAUCAGGCUCGUCCAAUCAGAACCUAGCGCAGAUCUCCAGACAACUCAACCCCGGACAGGGGGCCUGGUCAGGGAACAGACCCCCUUUCUCCGGACAGACCAACAAGGCCCAGUCCAGCCCGUUUGGCAUCGGCUCCGGACACAGCUACCAGGCGGACCCGGCGUCCUACAGCCCCCUGUCUUCCCCGGCCACCUCCUCUCCCAGUGGCAACGCCUACUCAGGACUGACCAACCGCAGCACAGCUUUUGAUGUGUCGGGGGAGAGCAGCCAGAGCGGGGCUCAGUUCCAGGGGCGUCCCAGCGAGGUGUGGUCCCAGUGGCAGAACCAGCACCACUCCCAGCAGCCCGGCGAGCAGCACACACACCCCAACCCCGGACAGACCGAGGUCUUCCAGGACAUGUUGCCCAUGGCCGGGGACCCCACCCAGGGAACGGCCAACUACAACAUUGAGGACUUUGCUGACCUUGGCAUGUUCCCGCCAUUCUCCGAGUAGCCGCACCCCCCCCCCUCCCCCCUCCCCCCUCCCCCCGCCUCCCCUGUUACGGCCUCACCCUCCUUUCUCCGAAUCUCAAAAGUCUGUUUUUUGUUUUCCCCCCGUCUCUCUUUCGCUCUCGCUCGGCCGAACCCUCGACAUGCGGCCGAAGAUCGUUGCGGGAGCGGGUUGCGUCUCUUCGAUGGCCUUUGCGCCGCAAAACCUUCCUUUUUUAACGGCUUUUCCGCAGAAAAACACACACGUGCAACGCAGGGCGAGCACGCACCCACCUCACACACGCGGCGUCAAUGUAUUACCACGCGUGCCGCCCGUACGGGGUGUGCGUGUCGCCCCCGGAUGGUCCGUUUCGGUGUGUGUGUGUGUGUACAUCCCUCCCACACUCUGCGCUCCUUCCCCCCCUUGUCUCCAUGCCCCCUCUGCAGUAUGUAUAGCUCAUUGUAACGCGCGUACCUCAUUCCGGUAGUAGAAGAAGAAGAUAAAGAUGAUGAAGAAGAAAGCUUCAGUUCAAAAGUGUUCACCAUGUUCCAGAAACACGUUGAUAUACAAAGUGUACCAAUGGGUUUAUUUCCCACUCCUUCUCCUGACCACCUGGUCCAUUGUUCAAUGUGUGUGUGUGUGUGUGUGUGUGUGUGUGUGUGUGUGUGUGUGUGUGUGUGUGUGUGUGUGUGUGUGGGGGAGGGGGGGAGCCGCAACUUGCGCACAACUUAUUUCUUGACAAACAGCUAACGCCGCACCAGGGGACAGAGACGGUGCGGUGACACGCCCGCCGCCCAGGGGCCCGCCCCCCUGGGGCCCGCCGCCCAGGGGCCCGCCGCCCAGGGGCCCGCCCCCCAGGGGUCCAGCCAUCGGUUGUAAAUUCAAUAAACACCUAUCAAUAAAGACUCAAACUAUCGUUUCGAUGUCUAUCACCCUCGUCCUCGUCCUCGUCCUCGGACAUCACCCCACGGUUCCCAGGGUAUAGAAGACACCCACGAAGUAAGCAAACACACACACGCGAACAACAAGCUGACCGCUUACAGUGGCGGAGCUAAGGCUUAACGUGCACUUCAUAAGCUACCGUUCGCUACUCACCAGCCUGAUGGGGGGGGGGGGGGUGAAGGAAAAAUGGGAAAGAAAAAAAAAAUCACGCCAUACGGUCAAAGCGCAGUAUUUACUAGUGUAUUUGGUGUUGCUCUUGCUACUUGACUUUAUUACUUUUCAAUUAUCUUUUUUCGACUAUUAACAGAGACUGAAUAACACUUUAUAGAGGGGGCGGGCGGGCGGGGGGGGGUCUUUUACACAAUAGAUUGUAUAAAUGUGUACCAGGGCAACACAAAACAGGAAAUUGUUGAACUGAUCUUGGGAAUCCUUUUGUUAAAAAAAAAUAAACGUCCAAUCAAUGUUUGUUUUUGUAAAUAAUGUGAUUUUUAUGUUGACCUGUGUUACUUUUACACAGUACAUGUUUGUGUAGGUUUUAAUGAUAUCAUUGUGUGCAAUGUGAGUACAUAUUUAACUAUUGGUAUGUAGUUAGUCUGUUAAUGUACAUUGAGUUCUAGACCUGUAUAAAUUGUGUAAAUGUGACCCAUUAUUUUGUGUAACAAAUUGUGCUUGUGACAAUAAAUUCUUAUUGGAAAUGUGUCUUC